AAUAUCGAACAAUGAAGAUAUAAAUAAAAGGAUAAGCCUGAAUCUUCUCGGAUAACAUUCAAGGAGAUUCAAAUUACAGAGUACGACUUGGUAUGUAGAUUAUCGGAAAAAGGUUAGUUGUCAAUCGAUAUGUAAGGAAUCUUGAGGAAGGGGAGUCACAUCGACUAUAUUAACACAUGGACGUGCUAUUAAAGUAGACCGAACCAACGAAUCAUCCUUUACAUUACAAAUUUCAUUUACGUUGCUUGAUUUUCCGGAUUUAGCAAUCGUAACAUUAAAAUUGGUGGAAGCGGUGGGAUGGUUUGAUGAGUUCGAAAUGUUAUGACGAGACCUUCCACUAGAGCCUAUUCCCGAUAUUUAGAAGGAGUUCAAAGUUUAACAGAACCAGAAUUAAUCAAUAUAACAAUGUCGCAGGUUCAACAAAUCCCAACGGUACCAUCUAUACCAGAUGUACCAACACCUCAGAUACAACCAUCAACAACCUCUAUCUAUUUACCACAUUCUUCGUUGAAAGAUGCAUUAGAAGGGGUACCAACUUUCGAUGGCUCAAAUAUUUCUGUUCAUACUUUUAUCCAAGCUUGUAAAAAUGCAAAGGAAUUGGUAUCACCAGCCGUAAUUUCACCAUUAAUUAGAUUACUCAAAAAUAAACUCAGAGGGGAAGCUAGAAGAAUGAUCAUCUAUGAAGCCGUUAGACAAGCUGAUAAAAAAACGCAACAUUACAUGCAACUCAAGAAAGGUAUACAAACCCCAUCUAACACCAACAAACAAAAUACGUCAAAGGAACACAAAAUUACACCUAUUCGCACUAGCAUUGAGUGCACCUUUUGCAAAAAAUUAGGACACAAUGCAGAAGAUUGUUUCAAACGAAAACGUUCAGAAGGUUUUCAAAAUAUCUAAAAUACAAAAUACUCAAAUUAUUUGUAUUGCCCAUUUCCUCCAUUUCAUCACCUAUUCCAACCUUUUUCUCUUUUCCCUCGUAUUAAAAAAUGGCUGCG